UUUUCCUGCACAAUCUGAAGGCCCUGCAGCUGCCUCGAAAUCUCCAGAAAGUCAGUGUAUAAAUUCACUUAAUUUUAUUAAGUCUUGACCCACGUGAACUAUGUACGGGAUGGAGCCAGCAGCUAAAGGACAGACUGAAAAACGUUUCAGCUAUGUUGUCAGAGCCCCCAGCAGUGACGGGUUUGAUACAAUGAAUGUUGAUGUGAAGAUUGACACGUCCUGGAUAUUCCAGGACAUAGAAGAUGGUGGUGAGGAGCACGGAUGUCCUCCGGAAGAAGCAGCCCGAAGGCCCGGUGUGGAUAGAGGGGCGCUCAGGAAGCAGCUGGACUCCUCAGAGCAGAAGCUGUUGCCAGCUGUGGGCAAAUCCGUGAUGUCGGCGUCCAGGCUGCAGAGCAGAAUUCAGGAGCUGGAGCUGUCUGAGAGGGACCUUCUCCAGAGGGUGGACCAGCUGAGCGCCCGCGUGGUCCAGGAAAGAAGCGCCUCUCUCCGGGCCCAGGAGAAGCUCCAAGCGCUGCAGGGGGAGCUUGUCAGCCAGGUUCUGGAGAAGGAGCGCGCGGCCCGGCGGCAGCGAGGGCGGCUGCGGCAUCUGCGGGAGCGGCUGCGGCGCAAGGACGCGGCGCUGGGGCGGCAGGCGGCUGCCCUGGAGCGCUGCCGGCGGACCCAGCGGCGCCAGCUGGGGCUGGUGCGCGAGCAGGAGCGCGGCCUGCGGGAGCAGGUGCAGCGGCUGGAGCUGGGCGUGCGGCGCCUCUGCCGCGCCGCGGGCCUCCUGCUGGCCGAGCUGGACGCCCCGGGCCCGGCCGGGCUCCCGGUCGUCGUCGACGAGGCCGCGGAGCUGCGCGCCCUGCAGGCGAGGGCUGAGCGCGGCGAGCGCGAGCGGGACGAGGCGGCGCGCCGCCUGCGGGAGCAGCGCGCCACGGAGCGCCGGCUCCGCGGGCAGCUGGAGGAGCUGCGCUGCCGCAUCUAUGAGCUGAAGUUGUCGGAGAUCGGCCUGCAGGGCCGGUUGGAGGACCUCGUCCAGCAAAACAGGAACCUGCGGCAGGAGCUGGGAGCCCAGGCCCCCAGGGACAGAGCGCCCAGCAUCGCCUCUGCUGGUCACUGUAGCCUGGAUGCCCUGAGCCGUGUUCAGGACAAACCGCUGCCCCAACCCAGUGACGAGGCACUGAAUGCCUGUAGAAGCCGAGGCUGGCGGACCUGCCUCCUCUCCGAUGGUGGCCCUGGGCCGAGGGGCUCAGCAGAGCCACUGCACUCAGGGACCCCCAAAGCCACACCGUCCCCCUGGGUGUCUGUGGUUUACUUACAGUCCUUUGAGGCCAAAAGCAGUUCAUGGGCCAGCCCUCCGAGGGGCCCGGCACCCAGGGCUGUGCUGGGGCUGGACAGACCCCCUCUGUUUCACCGCCAGCUUACAGCGGCUGUGCCCAGCACGAAUGAGCAGACCCUUCUCCUCACCUGCCGCUGCCCCACAGGGCAGCACAUGGGCAGCCCCCUCCUCCCCGCGGACGUGGCCUGGAUUUUGGAGCAGAGGCCCGCAGCCGGCCUGGCCCCAGAGUCCUGUCUCCUGGUUCAGACAUCAGCACUCCCUCCCUGGGGGCCGGCCUGGGACCCGGUUCCCCAGCGGCGGGUGCUGCAGCUCUGGGAGGCUUUCCCAGCAGACCUCCAGACCCAGCGGGUGCUGGAUGCCCGGCCCCUGCCUGCUCGCGAAGCCGCAGGGCAGCUCUGCCAGCACCAUCGCCGUGCAAGGCGCCACGAGGCCUCCCUCUGCCAGGAGUCCCCACAGAUUCCAAGUCACCCACUUCCCAGGAGGCGGCCCGAGGAUCUUAAAGACCCACGGAGGGAGGGCAGAGGGGCCCCAGGGCAGAGAACUGGGGAGAGGAGGCUGAGGAGGACUUGGGGCAGGGAGGGGGAAGCGCGCGGUGGCCAGCGCCCGCCAAGUGAGGACGGCCGAGAGAACCUGGGCUGGGAGGGCGGUGCUGGGGCUCCAGAGAGCCCUGCCUGCUGCCCUCGGCCCUUAGCGGAAGAGGAAGAUUUGCCCCUGUCUCCCAGACUCCCCUUGUCACCCCAGGGGGCCAGCCCCACCAGCAGCCCGUGGGCUCCGAGCAGAGGACCUGACAGGUCUGAGCUCAAAAUAGACAAAUUUGCAAAGAAGGUGGAGGCUUGUUUCCAGCAACUGUCUGUCCUGAAGCCUGGGAGUGGCGGUCAUCGACUGAAGGCUUCCACGCUGGCAGGAGAGAACGGGAGCUUUGCUUGGAAGUGGCACAGCUGCCAAGAGAACGCUUGUUCUCCACAGGCCUUGGCAAACCUGGGUUUGAAUAUUCAUUUUGCUAUGGAAGGAAAAGCCAAGGAGAGCGGCGAAGAUGUCAGGCCACGAGAGACUGAGGCCCUGGGAACCCGGGAUGUUCUUCCUGGGAUGGUGCCUGGUUUGGACGAUGUGAGUCCAGGCCCAGAGCGGCCCUCUGAGCUGGGUCAGAACUGGCUCUCCCAGCAGCCGAGAGCCCUUGAGAGACCGAGGAGAGAGUUUCAUCAGCUCGUUUCUGAACUGAAGAAAGAGAGAAGCGAAGUCUUACCCAACGAUGCCGAACUUCAGGGAGACCGAGAGAGGUGCCAUGAAAAGCUGCGUGGCCUUGAAAAAGAGAGGGAGACAAAUGUGAAAAAAAUAUCUGUGCUUGAACAGGAUAACUGUGUCCUGGUGGGAGACAUCGCUCACAUAAAAGGGGAACUGGACCAAUAUUUGGAGGUCAUGUCUGACCUUGAAGACUGCAAUAGGAAAAGUUACAGCACAAUUUCUGAGCUCGAAGAGGAAAAUGAAAAACUGAAGGGGCGUCUAGGCCAGGUCCAGAAAGCCACGUCUGAGAGCGUUAGGCAGUCCAGAGGCAUGGUGAAGCAUGUCACGCUGGAGAACUGGGAGCUCCAGGGGCUGAUUUCAGAGCCUGGGGUCAGUUACAAAGAGCUGAUAAAGGAUGUAGUGCUGGGCAUAGGAGACAUGACCCAGGCCUUAAGUGGGGAGAAUGAACACCUUCUCCACAGAAUCCGGGUCCUGGAGGAGACAGUGGCAUUGGGGAUGAGUGGGGACAAGGGACUUCUGGUGAGAGCAAAGGAGGGCCUCCAGGGAGAGAGCAAGUGGAGGGGGAGCAGGGUGAACUCUGUCGAAAGGGGGGUGCAGGUGACUCAGCUUUCAGGGCAACUGGCUGCAAGAGACCACGGGCCGCCCUUGGAGGACAAAUCUGGGCUGGCCAGAGGGUUUGCGGGGGGGGGGUCUUCCUUGGGCAUGGAGAAUUCCAGGUGCCAUGGCCCUCCUACUUGUCCAUCAGUGGUCUGGGGAAAUGCUGACGCACCAGGCACCCUGAAAGGAAACAUCAGUGGAAUGGGAGUAAAAGAAGCACGUUUGGAAAAAGCAGAGAAAAGCCCAUGGAGUUCUGCAGACUGCAGGCGAGCUCUGAGGUCCCCGAGCAGUGGCCCCCAGCUCCAGGACCCGGAGGCCGGGACACUCGAGGAGGACCUCAGGCUGUGCAUCUGGCAGCUCUGUCACCAGGUGCUCACCCUGCAGUGCCAGCUCAGAGACCAGGGCUCCCUACACUGGCAGCUACAGGCGGCUCGGGGUGAGGAUGCCCACUUGCAGGAAGAGCUCAAGGCCCAGGCUAAGCUGGCUUCCCUGGUCCGGAAGUGCCGGAAGAGGAAUGGCCUGAUGGUGCACCUGCUGCAGGAGCUGCACAGACACGGGGCGGCGGAUCCCCUGCUCUCCGCCGCGGUGCAGAGCGUGCUGGAUGACGAGGCACUUGCCGAAUACGCAGCCACCUACCUGGCUCCCAGGGUACCAGAGGUAAGCUGCCACCUGGUUGUGGAGUCAGAGAGGACAGCACUUGUGAAAGCUCCGAAAUACCUCCUGAAUCCUGAAAUGGACAGUGUCCUCCCAAGACGUUGGCAUACAGAGUCCUUGACUAUUCCCAAGGCUGAGUGGCCAGCACAGACAGCUCAACUGGACUUUCUGAAGGAAGGAAGACAGCUCAGAGGCAAACACAUCAAGCUGGAAAAUAUUACAUCCCUCCCGACUGACCGACAGAGCAGAGGCUGCCGCAUGGUUUGCGACCCGCUCUAGGAAGCUCCGUGACAAGCCCGAAGACCACCUCCCUAUCUCCAGUCACUCAUGGGAACAUCCCUACUUUGAAUAACACCAGCCAGGGGACUGAAGAGAAGGCUGCUGACUGGCAGGAGCCCAUAGGUAUUAGCGCAGGGUAGCAGUGGGGCCUGGAAUUCCAAGGUCCUGGCCGGCUCUGCCACUCCUAAGCUGUGUCACUUGCCCAAACUACUCACCUACCUUAACUUCCAUUCUUCAUUUGUUGGAGGGUCCUAAUGCCUACUUGACAGCUUUGUUCUGACAACCAAAGGAGCUAGUGGCUGUAGAAGUGCCCUGGACACUGUAAGAUGCUUCCCACAUGUCAGGGAUCAUAGUUGUGUAUGAAAUGUGAUUCCAUCUUCUCCCGUUCACAUCACUAAUGGUCUCUCUGGAGCACACAUUACACUAACUGUUAUGUGGCUACCAGAGAAGAUGGGUAAUGUGGUGCAUAGCAGGAUAAUGGUUUUAAAAAUUUCUUAGUAGUUUUCUUGAUAUUAUAGAGUUCCUGCAGAAGCUUGGGAGGUUCUAACCUUGUAGAAACUUGUAUACAUGUAAGCACUUCCCUAGGGAGAGGGGCCAUGCAUUUCAUCAAAUUCUCAUAUGAGACUGGGGCCCCCAAGGGCCAAGCAUCCCCUAGAGAGAAAAGAUCCCAUUAAGGAACCCAGAGACCCAGCUCUGCCUCUAACUUGCUGAUGACUUUGAGGCCAUCCCUUGGCUUCUCCGAACCUCAGCUCUUCAUCUGUGAAAUGGGUGCAACCACAUGCCUUCCAGUAUCCCUCUCAGUCUGACUUCUGAUGUGUCUGUAGCUGCUCCCUGCUUUGUGUCCUCCAUCGGACAGGGGACUCUUCCUGCCACCGCAAAUACUGGGUUCCUACUGCAUGGCAGGCUCUGGCCUGCUGGGAGGGUCCCAAGCCCGGCCUUCUGGCUUCCGGAGCAACAGAGAGAUCUUCUAUUCUAAACACAUGUCACUUCAGACAACUGUGUCCACAGAGCCCCUGAGUAAGCACCGCACCCCAGCAUGCCCGAAGCAGUGUCCCCAUGCCAAGUCAUUUGGCUGGGCAGAUAAAGAGCAUCAUGGCCUGGAACACUGUGCCGCCAUCAGGGGGGUUUGUUCCCUCUAGAAACACUUCUUUGUCAAUCACAGGAUUGUGAGGCCAUCUUACUUGAGCAGCUAGAGACUAACAGGGAUAUUGAAAUCUAAGCCUCCUCCAGGAAGGCAGAAUGAAAAGCAGGCUGGGAUACGGUGCAGCCUCGAUGGGCUGAGUCCUUUCCUGCCCUUGCUGCUGUGGCAGAGGUUGGUGGCAGGAAAGCAGGCUGGUGGACGGGCUGCCCCGAUGUCUCGGACCUCAGCAGAGCCUGGGCGGGCUCAGUGGGGUUAAGCGACAGACUGGCGCCAUGACCCAGGGGACAGUCCGAGAGAGCUCUCAGUCCACAGUGGGCACACAGGCAGCCUUUGGGCCAGGUCUUGCUCAUAAACAUGUUUUGCCUGACUCACCUUUUUUUUUAAUUGUAGUAAAACACACAAAACAUAAAAUGUGCUAACUUAAAUUACCAUUUUUAAACACCUAGUUCAGUGGCAUUAGGUACAUUCACAUUGCUGGGCAACCACCCUCACCAUCCAUCUCCGGAACAUUUCCAUCUCCCCAGACUGAAACUCCGUCCCCAUUGAACAUUGCCCCCUAUUCCCACUGCCCCACCCCCGGCAACCUCCAUCCUACUGCCUGUCUCUGUGAAUUCGGCAACUCUAGGGACCUCCUAUGAGUGGGUCCUUCGUUUGUCCUUUGGGGACUGGCUUAUUUCACUUGGCAGCAUGUCCUCAGGCUUCACCCAUACUGUCGUGCAGAUGAGACCGUCCUUUCUUUGUAAGGCUAAAUAACAUCCCAUUGGAUGGAGAGACCACACUUGGUUUAUCCAUCUACCUGUCGGUGGACACUGGGUUGCUUUCACCUUUUGGCCUGUGUGAGUAAUGCUCCUGUGAACAUGGGGGUAUAAGCACCCAGGUUGUAUUUACUAAUAUGGGGAUUAGCAUGUGAUAUUUGAAAACCAAGAGAUCUCUCAUAAAUAUCUGAAUUUUCAGCUUCACUUGGAAAAAUAGUGGAUCUGGCAACUCAGGGCCCCUCUCUUCCUGGCCACACUCAGAGUUGAAUGAGGUCAGGCUGCUCCUUCCUAGACCCCGGCCCCCCACAGCCUUCUCCUGCCCUCAUUAUCUAACCUGCCCCGUCUGCAAAACACUCUCAUGGUGUGGGUGAAAAUACAGGGCCCAGAGAGGCCUGUGGCCCUAGGCCCAAGGUGUCACGGUGGGAUGGUGAGUGACUGCUGUCACCCGAAAAGACCUGUUCAGGGCUUUGCUAGCAACUCUGCCACUGCCCGCCCCAGUGACCUUGACCAUUCUGAGCCUAAGUUUUCUCUUUGGCAAGGAAUGGGAAAGGUUGGUAUAUCUUCUCCAGCAGCCCCCUGGAAUGACUGUAAAGACAGAGGUAUGGAUACAUGGUACCUGCAAUGUGGAGGGCUGAGGGAAACAACUUAGAGUUGGGGUAUCUGUUUCCUCUUCUGCAGAAUUGGAAAAGGGACUUUGAAGAUUAACUGAGAAAGGGAAGAUAAAGCGUCCCACAGAGGGCUUGGUGUCCAGCACAUGCUCACACGGUACUUUGUAGCCAGGCAGGGCCACGUCCAAGGACUCCAAAUCCCCUCAGAGCAGAGCCCAGCCGGAGACAUGAUGCCAUGAUGUCCUGGGGACAGGCUGCAGGGUCCACCAGCCUGAGUUCAAAGCCCACUAUCCACCUAUUACCUGCUGGGGCCCCAGGCAGGUCAGCUGCCCAUCUGAGCUGCAAACCCCCAAGUUAAGCGGGGUGCUAUCCUCACCAGCCCUAGGGGAGAUAAGAAACGGAAGGUGCCUGGCAUGUACUAGGUGUUCCACUGAGCUUAUUCCUCUCCCUCCCUUCCUCCCCAAGCAGAAGUCUGCCUCUGAGAUGAAAAAGAUGGCAUGUUUUCGGAAUAUUGGCCCUCACCACCGAAAAAAGAAGAAGAAUGCUGUUUCUAGCCUCCCACUGGAGCAUCCCAGGGCUCACAUGUUCUUGGGGUUGAGGUUUGUCCCUCACUGGGAUUCAUCCAUUCAUUCAACCAGUAAGCGUUUAUUGAGCACCACUAGGUGCCAGGCACCACCAAAGGCCCUGGCGGUACAGGAAAGAACAGAGACCAAAGCUCUUCUCUUUGCGAGGGAUUUUCUGUCCGCCAGGCCGCCGGUCUGUCCACACUCAUUAAGGGCCUCUUCUGAGGACCCUGGUCUUACCUUC